CGGCGCAAGCCAUUCCGUUCCUUUCCUACUGGUUCCGUUGUUGUUGUUAGCGCUCAACAAGUCCCAUGCGCUCUGAAACCUAUGGUUACGAAUGUCUCCUCCAUCUUUUUGCGUUCGGAGAAAGCAUCCCAUCGUGACUCUAUUUGAUGCCUCGCAUUUGCUAACAGCAACCGCGUGUUGGCGGCACGUCGUUCAUGGUUCGGGGCAACUGGGCAAGCUGCAUUGCGAUUAGAGUCCGAAUAUAUCACGAUAAGUGGAUACUGUCGAGAGUGCUCUUGAGAGUAUUGUAUUCUGUAGGAGGAUUGAACGCGGUCGCAGUUAGAAGUAGUGGCAUCGACGAGAUUUUGGAAGCUCUGGUUGUUUGAGUUGAAACGAAGAGGAUUUUUUGUUUUGUUUUGUUUUGUUUUGUUUUUUUUUUUUCUUUUUGUUUUUUUCCCACAUUUUCGUGUAGUUGAUUAUGAAACAAGGGAGUGUGUUGAAGUUGGCGAGGUGAGUAUUUUGUACGUGUGGAAUUCUACAAUUUCAGGCUGGUUCGUGAGAUUGCAAGACGUGAAGGUGUUUAUUGUGGCCGUUGCUAGUAGUUUUACUGCACAUGUUUUUGGAGGUGUUGCCCGAAGUCGUCAAGUCUUUACGGGCGGGGUCGAAGAGCAUGUAAGAAUUAGCUGUCGUAUUCGUGCUGGUUUCAGGAGGGGCAUGGACUACCUACCACGUGUGUGAGGUACUGGAGAAUUUUGAAAGGAUACUGAACGGCAAAUUUUGGGAAGUUUCGGGCCCAUAUUCGACUUUGGCUCAUGCGUGGUUGGUUUAUGUACUGAUAUUGGAUGCGUGGGAAGAGUGGAUCGGAAAGUGAAAUUGAUAGUCAUACUGAAGUGGUGCGACCGCUAUCUCGCGUCUCCGUAUUGUGUUCUUUUUCUUUAUCUUUUUUCGUGCAGGAAAUGAAUAACUCUGGGAAUUUUCAUAAGCUGCUUUCUGGACUGAAGAACAAUUCAAUGAGUAUUACGCUGUCAAACUCGUUGAGGUUGAAUUCUGUUAGGUCUUGUGAGGGAAUAAUGGAGCUCUUUGCUUAUGGUUUCCUUUGGCUGUAGUAGCAUCAAUCUUACGGAAUUAUGAAGUACUGGUUUCAGUCAUUGAGCUGCGCAAAAUUUAUUAAGUUGCAGUUUAUCGGAUCUUCUGCAUAAGCUUCGCUCUCCCUGGCCCCUCGUUCUGCGAAUAAUUCCUCCCUUGGCAGGAUAUGACAAUCCCUCCGCCUUGACUUUUGAAAAAAUUUCGACUAUAUUCAUUACACCAUAUCAAUUAGAUUCAAAGAUCCUGUACAGCGAGAGAGUAACAUUGGAUUUGUACCGACAAGGAGGUGACAAUGAAGAUAAGCGACAAUGAAGGCAGUUAUAUGGAGUCUUACGAGGCUGGCUACACCAACGGGGAGGAUGUCUUUGCAGAUAUCCACAAUUUGGAUCAUUGUAUCAAGUACCUGAAUCAGUCCCUGGUCACUUUCGGUUUGCCUUCUGGAAUCAAUUUGUAUUCAAAUGACCCUGUAUCAAUCGCAAAUACGUGUAACAGCUUAUACGCAAUGAUUCAACAACGGCAACGAGACAUCGAGUAUCGUGAAGCUGCUAAUGACGCGAGACAAAGAUUGGUUUCAGACAUGUCUAGGUUAGAGACCAGGAUGGAGAGACUGUCUGAUCAGCUCAGCAUCAAGGAACGUGAAUUGCAAAUGCUAACCAGCAAGGAACAAAAGGUCACGGCUGCUUUUAAGACGCAGUUAGAUAAAUUGCAACAAGAAAAGGAUGAAACUCAACGCAUCCUGAUUGGCGUACAGCAAAUUAGGUCUCAGCAGAACCACCAAUUGAAGAAGAAGGAGAAGGAGUAUGUGCAGCUACAGGAACGGCUCAAUCAGAUAUUGAUGGAGAAAAAGAAGGAGUCCAAGAACACCGCGGAAGUCAUGAACCUUCUUCAGAAAGAAGGUAGGCAACGGGGGACAUGGAACACUAAGAAAGCUGACGGCGACUUUUACAAGAUGAUUGUUGAUGCCUACGAGUCCAAGAAGCAGGAAAUAGUUGCAGAAAAUGCAGAUUUGCGUGCAUUAUUAGGAUCCAUGCAGGCAGGGAUGCGAGAUUCUUUGAAUGCAUCAAAUGGCAUGAAUAGGCCUGGAAGCAUUGUAAAUGGUAGUGCGGACCUUCAGCUACCUCCGACUCGUUUAGGAGACCGAACGGAUACCUUUGAUUCGUCACCUUAUAUGGCCAGAGAUCAAAUUGAGCGGAGCUUGCGAGAAAAAGUGUACACUAUAAAGGAGCUUUGGAUGCAACUACAUGGUCACAAGGAAGCGCAAGAUAGUCAAAAGGAAGCACUAGCUUGUGACACUAGUGUACGUGAGUUGCGGCUAGAAGAACAGCUCGCAGAGAACUUCAGCAUUAUAGAUGAACAGGCCACACUUACGACGAAGCACGUCCCUGACUCAGUAGAUAAUAGUGAUAGUCUCAAACUACCACAGCAGAGUGAAGAGGCUACCACUCUCACAAUCGAUGAGCAUGCGGAUAUGAAAUCGAGCGAAGACGUCAGAAAGCAAAAUAAAAAUCUUGUCAAGUCCCAGCAGGAAUUAGCGGCACAGCAACCAUCACAAGCAUCUACAGUAACAUUAAUGGCUCCAGGAUUUCGAGGACACUCUGGACUCUCAGACCCCAAGAAACAGGAUGAACCUGAAGCUACGAUUGCAUGUCCUGAACCGCUAAUUAAUGAUAAAGAAUCUGCUGCAAGUAGGACACUUAUCGUCGCGCCAGAAAAUAAGAUUUCUUGUAUCCUGGACACACUGAUUGCAUCUCAAAAUUCUGAAGUGGAAUCUUCAGUGAUUGAUUUUCCUCCCGCUGUUAAACGUUAUGAAAAUCCAUGGCUUGAUCCUUUGAUAUGGGAAAAAAUCUGUGCUCCGAUUGAGAGUUUUGGAAAUCAAGAGGACGACUCAUUGCAGUUUCAUAACGAGGAACUGAAUCCCGAAGCUCCCAAUCUGGAAUCGAGGAUAUCACCCCCCCAGUGUUCUGUGAUGCUGGAAUGCACUCCUCGAUAUCCCCACCUGCUGCAUAGCACAUUUGUACCUCCUUAGACCCAGUUAUGCAAUAAUCAGUUCGUGAAGUUCCUCUUAUUGAAGCAUUACAUUUAGGAUGGGUGCCAACCACAUUGAUUUGAAGAAUUUUAGGAACGCCCAUUCAAUGUCUCAAUGCUUAGGAUCUGGCUGGGAGUGAACAAGUUUUUCUGCUCCAAAACAAGAGAGGGUACCUAUCCGAACCGGUUCUUUCUUACUUCUGGAAACUUCAGCAGUGAUUAACAUUUGUACAUGUACACAAGCUCGGGAUAAUGGCGCAAGCAAUUUAUUACAGUUAUAAGGUUCUUCAUGAGAACGUACAUCUCCGAGUUUCAGGAAAUGAUUUUGCAGGUUCAGUGAUGCACGGGCUGCCCAAGCGGUACAUAUGCAAGACAGUUACAUUUAGAUGGGGUUUGGUCAGAAUUAAGUGAAGUAGGAGUCUAUAAGAUUAAAGACUUGGCUGUAACAUGUUGGCUUCCGACUUCAAUGGCCUUUCGCUUAUGAUGUACCUCAACUGGUUUUCUGGGUGCUGUUUUCUUGGUAUAUAUAAGAUCUCGACCAACGAGGUAAGGCUCGCUGAGACGAUACAAACUGUUUACCUGAAGGAGUCCCAAGCAGUCGCUCCUUUUCUCCACCGCUUGUUCAUUUCGUCACCAACGAACCUGGACUUGUUGUAACCGUCUCUACAAUACUAACAAGCGAUGUUCUUCGCCUGCCCAAGAAGAUUCGUCGGA